GCUCAAAGGCCAAGAUUCAGCGUCGGCCACAUGUGUUUGUGGUUCAGCAUUCGUAGUAAAAGAAGACUUUAAAAUGUUCCGUGUUCUCGUAAUCCGCAAGGAUACGACGAAAUCUUUAGAGGGAUAAAUUAUCGGAAGUAAAAAUUGACGGACAGGAAUAUAAUUCGACGAAGUGCGGGUAUUUUUUUUUUUCGCCUGAUAUAAAAUUAUCUCCGCGUUAUAAAGGUGCUGUCUGCUAGCCAGGGCCUGCAGCUAAGUCGGAAAAGGAUAUACAACACCGUUGGGGGAUAUUCAAAUAUCACAGCCAUCACGAGCUCUUCUUAAUUUACAGCUUUCGCCGCGACGAACGUUCGAUCACCGUGAUAUCAGCCCCUGAGUUUCACCCUUGAAAAUUGACCAGUUUAUCGAUAUUUGCCAAGUCAGCGCCGCGUGCUAGCCGGGAGCAAACGCGAGUCCCGCAUGCGGCCAGCCACGCGCUCGUUCUCUCGGCUCUCGCCUGCGUUAAGCAUGGACUGAAGUGCGGCGCAUAUCUGGUAAUUGGUCGAAUACAUUCGUCGCUGAAUCCGACCCGCUGAAAUUCAUCGCCGAUCACAAUUCACCCCGUAAGUGAUCAGAUGUCCCCUAUUUAAUGGUUGAAUGAAUUCUGGAGCGGAAAGUAUCCUCCGCCUCGUGUUUUUCUAUCGCCGAGUGAAUCCAAUAUGGCGGCAAAGGUGGCUCCGAGCACGCAAGGCGGCAGCGGCGGGGCCAGAGAGACGAACGAGGGCCAAGGCAUCUCUUACGCCAGUGUGCUCAACCCGAAAAACAACGACAACAACAAGGAGAACAUAAACGAUGCGCCCCAGGCUUCCGGGAAGGACCGGAUGUCCGCCGAAACCUCAUCGGCGGUCGUCCAGCGGGGUAAAUCAUACCAGAAAUCGACGAGGAGAUACAGUUCGCACUACGGUAGGCCGGAGAGGAACUUCCAGAACACGACCUCCAGGUCGAGCCAGAACGUGGUCGAGGUUGCUUCGGAGGCGGAGGAAGCCAAGCCUCUGAACAACGGAGAGGCGGAGAGCGACAGCGAGUUUCAAACCGUCGCUCCGAAGAGCGCACGCAGAAAAGAAAAACACAGGGAGCAUCGAGAGCACCACGACCACAGGGAUCGGUAUCAUCACAGAGAAAGGUAUCAUCCCAGAACUCAGCACGGCGAUGCUGUCGAAGAGCGAGGGCAUAAGGAGAGAGGCGAGCGGAGCGAAAAGAGCACCGCCGAACACUCUCUCGCCAAAGAUCUAUCCAAGGAUAGAGACGAGGCUGGUACAGAGCCGGAAACUGACGCCGAACCCGUUAAGUACGUCGAGGCUCCAAUACCCAUCGUCAAUCCAUGGAUGAAGAGCAAAGCCACAGGCGGCAAUCGACCUCAGCCAUCCUUACCUCAGGCUGUGACCGUCCCAGCUCCAGUUCCUACAGAAAAGCAAGUCGAAAAACCGUCGGUUGCGGAGAGAGAGAAAAGGGUGCUUCAGCCGCAGCAGCAGAGAGGGAAAAUUGAAAAUGGCCCUUCAACCGGUGUGCAGCCAACGAUUGUCAAAGCGCCAAAAGAUAGAAGAAAAAUCAAUCAAAAGGCAAGUGAUUUUACCGACAUUGGAGACUGGCCGUCUCUUGGGGCUCAAGGAGAGAAGAAGCCCGCAAUAGCAACCCAAAAACAAAACGGCGUCAUCGAACCGAACCAAUCAAAGGACAACCAUGCCGGUCCAGCCAGCGAAGGCAAAGGCAAAGAAAACAAAGAACAAAAUCACUUCCAAGAUGAUAGCGACGAACACACGGACGGCAGCGAUAAAAAGAAAAAAGUCACAAAGCAGAAAUGGGUUCCCCUGGACAUAGAUUUGGCAAAGAACAGAGGGAAGCGAGAGAGAUCUCCGAAAACUCAUGGACCGCGUGAGAGAAACGGAGAAGAGGAAGAAAAUUGGAGAGACAGGGAUUAUGACAGAUCCAGGUAUAGCUAUAGAGGCACACGAGGGGGCGGUACUACUCGAUACAGAGGCAGAGGUGGCAGAGGCACUCGUGGUGCUAGCCGCGGUGGUUUUAAGCCUAGGCAUGAUCCUGAAUAUCCAGACUAUCCCACGGACUACACACAGGUGAAUAAGUUUGGCGGAUCUGAUGCCUCGUUUAUGAUGCCAUAUAUGGGUACUUUCUACUUCAACAAUACGAGUUAUGUCAAUUUGGAUAUGACAACGCUUAAAGAUUACAUUAAAAAACAAAUCGAGUACUACUUCAGCGAAGAAAAUCUGAUGAGAGAUUUCUUUCUACGCCGUAAAAUGGACGCUGAAGGUUUUCUUCCUAUUACUCUUAUAGCUUCGUUCCAUCGAGUACAAGCACUUACCACUGACGUAGCUUUGGUCAUCGAGGCUAUCAAAGAGUCUGACAAACUUGAACUCGUUAAUGGAUUCCAGGUUAGAACAAAGACUGAGCCUCUGAAAUGGCCGAUAUUAGAUGCAGCUGGAAAUCCCGUUUAUCCUCAGGCGCAUCAUCAUCAUCAGAUUCCUUCGCAGCUAUCGUCGUCGCCUGCACAUCCUAGUUUCUUUCCUGUCGCCGAACCCUUGACUGCUAUUCCUCCACCACCGAUCCCUCUAAGCUUACGUGUACGCAAUAAUUCUAAUUCUGUACCUGGGAGACUCAGUGAAUCGGAUAGCGUAUCUUCUUCAAUAGGUGAUAGUCUGAACCCUGACGUACCAGAGUUUGUGCCCGUUGUAGUAAACAAGGGAAUUGAGUCCCUUAAUAAUGAGAAAGAAAAUGUUCGAUCUAAGGAAGAAGAAGAAGAACGUCGAAAACAGAGCAGUUCCUUACCAGAUACCGGUGUUAAACCUGUAAAAAUAUCAUCUAGUUCAGUUCGAUCAUCAACCUUUCAAGUGAAUGGAGAUAAUCAGCCAUCGAUGGAUGACGUCUGGAGAGAAUCGGAUGAUUUGAAUUGGGCAAGAUUAUGUUGUGAGGAUUCGCUAACACCACAAGGAUUACCAUCUGAUGAGUGGGGUUUGAUAGUAGACCUCUCUACACACACUCUUAGCGAUGUCAGAAGAAGAGUGAAACAACCCCCAAAAGAUAAACCUGAAGACAGAGGGAAAUUAGCGGAUAACAAAGAAGAAGAACGCGAAGAAUUAGACUUUCAGUUUGACGAAGAAUUGGAUACACCUCCACCGACAGGCCGACAUAAUGCAUUUUCCGAAUGGUCUGAAGAUGAUGACGAUUACGAGCUUUCGGAUCGUGAUAUCAACAAACUUUUGAUCGUAACACAGUCGAAUCCCCAGGCAAUCGCCAUUACGACAAGAAUUCCCAAACACGAAGGACAUGAUCGCACAGGUGAUUGGACGACUCGUGUCAAGAUGUCGCAAGAUCUUGAGCAGGCCAUUAACGACGGACUCUAUUAUUAUGAAGAAGAUUUAUGGACUGAAGAUGGACAAAGGAUUGGAUCUGUAUCUUCGACCGGAAGUUAUAAAACUGUAAAUUUGAUUAGUCAAGAAGCUUUUGAAAAAAUGGCACCUAAAGCUCCAAGAAAAACCAACCCUGAAGUUCCGCCACCACCACCGACCACAAGUGAAGAUGAUAUGGAAGUUGCUCACUCUUUGCCCACUCAGGUUCCAAGUACACCUGAAGGACGUGGCAAACGUGAACGAGGUGGUGAUAGAAAUCAGUGGAACGAUGUACAAAGAUCUGGUCAGACAAGCAGAGGUGGCAGAAGAGGUGGGGCAUCUCGUUUCUUUGCCGUAGUGAAAGACGAGGCAGCUGUGGAUCCUAGAACACCACGCAAACGUAAAACGCGUCACAGUAGUAAUCCUCCCGUCGAGCAUCACGUUGGUUGGAUUAUGGACGUCAGAGAACAUCGUCCUAGAACUUAUUCGACUGGAAGCAGCGCAGGCACAAGUCCAAGCGAAAGCUAUUUGGCAAGCAGCUACGGCAGCGCACCUCAAUCUCUACCAACGUUCCAACAUCCAAGUCAUUCGCUUCUCAAAGAAAAUGGUUUCACUCAGCAAGUUUAUCACAAGUAUCAUUCUCGAUGUUUGAAAGAACGCAAGAGAUUGGGAAUUGGGCAGUCUCAAGAAAUGAACACGCUAUUCCGUUUCUGGUCAUUCUUCCUCAGAGAGAACUUCAAUCGCACCAUGUACGAAGAAUUUAAAUCUUUGGCUUUAGAAGAUGCUGCUGAAGGAUACCGCUACGGUUUAGAAUGUCUUUUCCGUUUCUACAGCUACGGUUUAGAAAGAAAGUUCAGGCCUCAACUUUACAAAGAUUUUCAAACCGAGACGAUACGAGAUUAUGAAAUUGGGCAAUUAUAUGGUUUGGAAAAGUUUUGGGCAUUCAUGAAAUACUAUAAGCAUGCCGAAAAACUCCACGUUGAAUCCAAACUACAGGAGUAUCUUUCAAAGUUCAAAAGUAUUGAGGACUUCCGAGUAGUUGAGCCGCAAAUAAACGAGAUGCUCCAAGGAUUCAGUGGGAAUCUACGAAGCCAAGCGAUGAAAAGGAGAAACAGAAGCGUUUCUGAGAGUGCUGGUGGCGGAGAAGCAUCUCCUACUAGUCGAGUACGACGGUUGUCUGGUGGUUCGAGUACUGUGACACUUUCUACCAAUUCUGGUAACACUAACAAUCACAAACGGUCAGAUUCCGUAAAUCUGUCGCAGUAUCGAAAUAGGGCAGAAUCUUUUGGUUCGGGUAGAUUGGGUCGUACCAAAAGACGAAACGACUCUGCAUCCAACAGUCAACGUGAUCUCACCAAACAGCAACAACCCAGAAGUCGACACAACUCUGGCUCUUUUAGUAGACCCCAAGAAGUAGCUAAAGGUCAGUCGAGAUUGUCCGUUAAAUCUGAGCAGUCUAAGCCCAGCGUUUCUAAAUCUGAGACGGCAUCAGUCAGUGAAAAAUGAAUGACUUAUCGAGGAGCCGGAGAACGGCAAAGAAAGAGAAAACUUGAUACUAGGGACUGAGGAACUUCUAUUAUCCAAACAAUUACAUGGUAAUUUUAUUGUCUUUUCUUUUCGGGACAAAACGUUUUACAACAAAAACCGUAUAAUUAUACCAGUUUGAGACGGAAUUAAAAUUGACAAGAAGUCAUGGUGAUUAUUAUAUAACUUGUUUACGUAGUAGAGAGCAUUCUGAGGUAAUUUAGUUGAUAAGGUUUAUCUCGAUUUGGAAAUCGUUGUAUAGGUAAAUACGGCUUAUAUUGCAUAAAGUACCCUAUUAUUUUUAUUUAUCCUUUUGUCGAAACGGUAAAAAGUGGUUUAUAAUUUUUAUUACAAACGUGAGAUAAACAGUCCAUUGAUAUUUAUACAUUUUAUGCUUUGAUCCAGAUAUUCUGCCUUUAAACAUUUUAAUACAAUUAUUAACAAUUUUGGGCAACGAUAAUAACGUUAAUGCGAAAAGUAAUAGAUAUUUAAGGGGUAGAUACGAAAAAAAAAACUCAAAGUAUAGUGCUAUGAAUAAUUAUAGAUUUAAUUCAAUAGACGUUUUGCGUGCAUAAAUUCUAUAGAUGAAUGAAUGGGAAAAUAUAAUUGAAACUAAAAAUUAUGUAUAAAUGCAUCACGCGCACUGAUGUUGAAGGAGCGGAACGAGAAUAUGAUUUUUCGGGCUUCCGAUAUUGCUUGCAAUCGUAUUUGCUCGCAAAAAUAAACUUUAUUUUUUGUUACUGACGCCGUCUGUCUAGUGUCACGUGUUCGUCGUGUACUAUAUAAUAGACAACUUUGCACAUAUUUAACUGUUUAAUAUAUGCGCACUAUAACAUAUUGCAAUCUUUGCUAUCCAUACUGAAUGAUCGUUUUGCAACGAUUUGUGUCGAUGAUAAUUGUAACUUCGUCAAUCGUGUCUCGUUUUCAAAAUCCCGUAUGUGAAAACGACAAUCGUACUAAUGGAACAAAAACCGUUGCUUUAUACAAACUUUUUCUCUUAACCCAGCUGUGUUCCAUAUAACAUAUUCCUCCCAUUAAUCAGUGUCAUCCAGUGUAAAUUUCAUAUUAUUAUGGUGCGCACACCAGAAAGAAUUUUAAAAUGAAAUUCUGUUGAAUAGAGAUAGAAAAAUUAGACAAAAAUAACCACGAAAAAACAAACUAAGUUAAAUCUGAGUCGUCUAAGUCGUCUCAAAUUGUUAGUUUAUUAUUACUCACUCCCAUAAAAGCUACUAAUAUCCCCAAAAUCGAGGAAGAAAUUUUUUUAAAAGUUGCAUCAGAUAAUUUCCGAAUACUGUAAUGAUGACUGCUGCUUUCGAAAAUUUCUCCAAGACCGUGGUGAAACGUAAUUGAUAGGAAAAAAAAUACAAAAAUUAUUUCAAAACAAGGAAGAAAACUUAAUUAGUAACUACACAUCUAGCCAUUGAUCAGUGGAAAAGAGAAGAGGUGUGCAUGAUAUAAUAUAAUUACUACUACUAAAGUAUAGAAUUAAUUUAAACAUAUAUGUUAUAUACUAUAUCUAAAAUAUAAAACUAAAAGAAAAAAAAAUACAAAUAAAUGAAAAACAAAAAUUAAUACGUUAUUACAACUGAAUUAGAACGGUUAGGUUUUCGUGUGUAUACAAUGGGUCUAUUCUCUGUUAUUGAAAGGUGUGAUCCCUUUGCCCGCAGGCUGUAAUAUAUUGUUGCUAAAAGAAA